AUCUGGAUGAGGUGGCCAAUGAGAACAAGAGGACAAGAAGGGAGGAGGAGGGAGGAGAUGCAGAGCUUGGACGGGUGUGUUUUAUGUGCUGCUGCAGCCUCUACAGGGGAGGAGAAAGAAGGACACAAUCUAGAGGAAAGGCUUGCAAAGAAUCAGGAGACCGCCAAAACGCCCCCUAAAUCUCUCCGUUACUUGACUAGGAGGGUUCCAGAUCGAGAAGGCGGGCCUGUGUGUGUGCCUUGAUGAAAGCCUGUCUGUCAAUGGGACAUUGAGACAUGUGUGUGUCAAUGGCCCUCCCCCUCCCAAUCGUCCCCUUCCUCCUUCUUUUGACCUUCCUCUUGCCAGCCACACCUCCACUGGCUCAGGGAGCCCUCGUCAUCCCACAAGGCUACAAAGUGAACAACAUUUCGCAGCCGCCUGUGCUUGAGGAGCCUUUAGAGGUGCUGACAUCAUACACGGCUUUUUCUCGUGAUGACAUCUUUCUGCCUUGUGAGGCCUCUGGCAACCCGCCGCCCACGUUCCGCUGGGAGAAGGAUGGCCAGACGUUUGGGUCGGAGCGGACAGGAAGCGGUACGAUAGAUGUCAGUGGGGACGAAGUUCUGGAAUUGUACCAGGGCACGUUCAGAUGUUAUGCCUCCAACGCGCUCGGGACUGCCAUGACCCACAUAGUGCACGUCAACGUCGAGGCCCAGCCAGUCCUUCUGAAGCAGCAGAAAUUCAGCCGAGAAGCCUACGUGGGCGAGAGCAUGGUCCUAUCCUGCAACCCGCCACAGAGCUCCAUUCCUCCGCAUAUCCACUGGAUGGACAAGAAAAUGGUGCAUAUCAAGCAGAGUGACAGAGUGACAGUCGGCCUCAACGGCAACUUGUACUUUGCUAAUCUGCUCAAGAGCGACAGCAGAGGGGAUUACAUCUGCAACGCCCAAUACACAGCAGCUAGGACCAUCCUACCCGACACCGCCAUCGCCCUUACCGUGCUGCCCACUAACGACGUUGGUCAUGGCAAACCGCCUCACAUCUUCCACAAAAGCGGUUCCCACUCAUCAGUGUUAGCGCUCCGUGGCCAAAGUCUCACCUUGGAAUGUAUUCCUAAAGGCCUUCCGACUCCAAAGGUGGAGUGGAAGAAAAAGGAUGGCAACCUGGAUGAGAGUGGCGGACAACCUGAACAUUACAACCGCUGGCUCUACUUUGACAGCGUCAGUCAGAGUGAUGACGGCGAGUACGAAUGUCGAGCUUUCAACACGCACGGCUCCAGCGUGCACUCCUUCACAGUCACUGUUGAAGCUGCACCUUAUUGGGUGAAAGAGCCCCAAAGCCUGCUCUACGCACCUGGUGAAACCGUUCGACUGGAUUGUCUCGCUGAGGGCAUUCCGACGCCAAAAAUAACCUGGAGCAUCAAUGGUCAGCCGCUCCCAGCGGUGGACAAAAACACACGACGCAGCGUGUCAGGCGGUGUGCUGAAGCUGAAAGAUGUCUUGUUGAAUGACACGGCCGUGUAUCAGUGCGAGGCUGCCAACAAACACGGCACCAUCCUACUCAACGCGUACCUCCAUGUUGUUGAACUCCCCCCUCAGAUCCUGUCCUCAGACAGUGUCGUGUACCGGGUCACGGAGGGCGGAACUGUCAAGAUGAACUGUGAGACUUUCGGCUCGCCACUCCCUCACGUUAGAUGGGAGGGACAGGAUUUGGCACCCCUGCUGUCAGAUCCUCGUGUUGCCCUUUUGACCAACGGCACACUAGAGUUGUCCGGUGUGGGUCCUAGCGACAGUGGCAUGUACACUUGCUUGAUCAAAAACACCAACAUCUCCAUCAAAGCUCACCUGGAAGUGUUCAACAAGACGACAAUCGUGACCGGCCCGCAGGAUGUGCGGGCACUCAGAGGGGGAAACGCCCUGCUGGACUGCCACUUUGGAAAAGAUGCCCGGUUGCUGCGCUUCCAGAUUGUCUGGAGGAAAGAUGGCCAAAAACUUCAGGAAUCAUUUCCUGAUGACAAGUAUACUGUCUUCUCAAACGGAACAUUAAAGGUGACAGAUGUCCAAUCAGAAGACAACGCGGCAUAUUCUUGCGAGGUCAUUACAGAACUGGAUCAGAUGACCGCCAGCGGCUCAAUCACAGUCGUAGCUCAUCCAGACCCCCCUCAGGAUGUGACUUUGUCUGACGUGAAAGAUGACACUUUGACCCUCAGCUGGAUCCCGGGUCGCUCAAACAACAGCCCCAUCACAGAGUUUAUCGUGGAGGCAAAGGAGGAGCAGCACUCGCAAAGGCACAACAGUGACACUUGGAGGUGGGAGGCGCUGAAGCGGGUUCCUGCCGACUUUAACCACCUGCAGCUCAGCCUGCACCCUUUCUGCACCUACACCUUCCGUGUCAUUGCCGUCAACCAGAUUGGCACCAGCGAGCCCAGCCAUCCCACCCCCCACCACAGCACUCCCCCAGCGGUACCACGCAACAACCCCACCAGUGUUCGCAGUGAAUCCUCCGACGCGGGAACUCUUACUAUCUCAUGGGGCGAAAUGCCGAGGCGAUCGCAUAAUGGCCAAGACUUCCAGUACAAGGUGCUGUGGAGGAAGGCGGGGGGCAAGACUGACCGCUGGAACCACGGCUAUGCCAAGUCGCCACCCUUUUUGGUCAACGACACAGGAACGUACAUACCAUUCGAGAUCAAAGUCCAAGCUGUAAAUGCGCUGGGUGAAGGACCUGCUCCAGAGGCUGAAAUUGGACACUCGGGCGAAGAUGUUCCAGAGGAGUCUCCAAGCGGGGUCGUCGUCCGGGUAAUGAACCGUACAGUCGCCGUGCGGUGGAACGAAGCACAGAACGUCCGUGGUCUUCUUCUGGGCUAUAAGAUUUAUAUCAAGAGGCUGGGUCCCGAGGGAAGACGUGUCCGGCGGUCCCCGGGGGAGGUAAGCCAUCUGCAAGAGGGAAACAAGCACGAGGGAAGAUUGGACCAAACAAAAGAAGAUGACAAGGUGGUGGUAGUACACGGCAUGAAGACCGCCACAGAAGUCACGGGUUUGCAGCUCUUCUCCCGCUACGCCAUUUCCAUCACUGCCUUUAACAGCAAAGGAGAGAGCCCAGCUUCUCCGGACGUCCUAUUCAGCACCCCGGAAGGAGUGCCCGGCCCACCAGCGUCGCUGCUGUUUGAGAGCCCUUCGGAGAACUCAAUGUUUCUAUACUGGAGCCCCCCACUUCAAACCAAUGGAAUUCUCCUGGGAUACAAGGUGUUGUACCAACAGGAGGUGAAGAGCCGAGACAGUCCUGUACAGAUAGAGAUGAUUGGUGAUCCGAGCAUGACUCACCGUCUGCUGGAAUCUCUGGACCCCCAGAGCUACUACACCUUCCAGGUGAUAGCCCGUACUGCCGCUGGGGACGGUCAGCCUAUCACCAGGAGGAAUGCCACCCUUUUUGACGGAGUUCCACCGGCAAAUAUUAAUGUCACUGCUGACAAGACAUCACUCAACCUGAGCUGGGUACCUGGAGAGCGUGAGAGGAACCAUGGUUUUCAUAUUGAUUUCCUCAAGAAGAGUGUGGGAGGUCAGUGGGAGGAGUCGGAAAUUGUGAACUCGUCGCAGGGUUUCUACUCGCUGACAGGUCUUCAACCAGGAACUGAGUACCAUCUUGUUGUCAUGCAUGGGAACAACACUCAAUGGGAAGCCGCAAGCUGGACAUUAGGACCAGGCCCAUCGGAAGUGAGCGGUGGCUUUGCCACUCGAGGCUGGCUGAUCGGGCUCAUCAGUGCCAUAGUGCUGCUCAUCCUCAUCCUGUUCAUCUUGUGCCUGAUCAAGCGUAGAAAAGGUGGCAAAUAUGCUGUAAAGGACAAGGAAGAAAAAGAGGUGGACUCAGAAGCUCGGCCCAUGAAGGAUGAAACCUUUGGAGAGUACAGAUCUUUGGAGAGCGAUACAGAUGAGAAGCGUUCGGAGAGCCAGCCAUCGCUAUGUGGCGACAGCAAGUUGGGCAGCGACGACUCAUUGGCUGAGUAUGGCGACAGUGUUGACAUCCAGUUCAACGAGGAUGGCUCCUUUAUUGGCCAGUAUAGCGGACGGGCCCCCGCCCCUACCGGGAACGAAAGCUCCGGCCCUGCCUCCCCGGACAACGCAGUGCCGCCUCCCCCCAUCGCGCCGUCCAUGUCAAGCAUCCUCAACCGACCCAGCUAAACUCUCGCCCACACACUCACUGUCUGAAUACAUUCCACACGUUGAUGCAGAAAAGAUGUUUUCACCGUCUUUCUCCUUUUCUAUGCCACGUUUCAAUAUACAUUUAAAUACAGAUACACACUAAAUCACCAAAACAUUUCAUCUUGGAAAUUUAGUGUGUUUUGGAGCAUUCCAAGAUGGACACUUUCCAUUAGGAUUCAUUAAAAGCUUUGAUAUAAACCCUCGCCAUUUGCGGGUGGCGGCGAAAAGGCCGCGCAACAUUUAGUGAGAAACUGCAAAUAUUUGAAAUUACACAAUAAUAGUUUAAAAUUCCCGCAACUGUUAUUUAAAAUUGUAAAUAUCAUACAAACUAUUAUCCGAGCACUUGAAAAGCUGCAAAAAAAUUACCCUGAAAUAUAAAUGUCUUAGAUUUUUUUUUUUUUUUGGGUUAAAUGCACAGCAAAGAACAAACAUACACAUGCGCCAAAGACUCCCGCUUAUAAUCCAGGCUAAACAUAUCUGUUCCCUGCCAUACAAAGAGCUCAUGCUCUGUGUCGUGAAGCAUUAAUUUGGCACACAUCCUCGAAACUAAUUACAACGCAAAAGUGUGUUUGUGAGUUUAUUCUUUGGUUUAAUUUUAUCGAACAGCUGAUCAGUUCCAUGAGGGGAUACUAUGCAAUGAGAAAAUACUAGAACAACUGUUUCCCUCUACAAUCCCCUAAUAUCAAAUCUUCAAUCAACUAUCAUUUUUAUCCAAAAUUGUGAAUAUGGAUCCUUGUUUGCCUGUACGUCCUGACUGGCAACCAGUUUGUGUACUUGUGUGCCGAGGUGGACUUGUAAUAAAUGAUCUGGGAUAGGCAUCAUAAUCCAAAUUAUGACAAACUCUAUGGUAAAAUGUGGUGGAUUCAGAGAAUUCGGAAUUUAAAUCAGCCUGUGAAAUUCAUGGUAUACUUAGUUAACAUAUAUAUAUAUAUAUAUAU